AUGGGCGUGAAAAGAUUAGAUUUACCGCCCAUUUUAGAAAGGUUGAAGACCCUAGUAUGUACAGUAUUUGUUGCUCACAAAGGGCUAGAAAACAUUUUUGUUUUGGGUCUAGAAAAUAUUUUUGUUUUGGGUCAGCAAGUUAAAACUUUUAUCGAGGUAGUGAGUCAGAAUAUAAAAUAUAAAAAUGCAAAUAUAGAACUGAAUGUGAAGUCCAACAUUACACGUUUACUUGACAGGAAAAAAGACGAAGAUGAUGCCAAUCUGUUCAUCACUGGCCCAGUUGACUUGGCCGAGGAGGACCUGGCGGGAAGUGACGGAGAAGCGGAGAGCGAAGAUGAAAGAGCCCACAACAACCUCCUGAGCGACAUUGGCAAAUUGAGCAAGAAAAAAAGAAUGGGGGCAGCUCCUCGCAGUGUCCGCUUUUCGACGAGGGAAGGGGGAACUGAAGUAAACACGCAGGACAUUCUUAAACGGAUUGGUUUGCCGGAAUUGGAAAAGACAGCUAAGAAACUGAAGACAUUGUCUGUGCCUUUGGAAAAAGUUGCUGUUAAAAGGGUAAAGCGAGCAGCUGGGUACGACAAGGUUGCCUGUGAGUCGGAGAAAUGGGCUGGUUUGGUGCACAAACGGCGAACAGAAGAACAGCUGGUCUUUCCGUUGCAGCAACCUGACCUUCGAUUAUACACCGCCAUUAAAUCAGAUGCAAAAAUGCGUUCGGAUUUGGAAAAAGAGGUCUAUGCACUGCUUCAAGGGGCCAAACUUGUUGAAGAUAAGCAGGAGGCCAAUGAGAAGAAGGAAAGGGAGCGUGCCUUGUCGUUAGAAGAGUUGAAGGAACGGAAUCGCUUGCUGUGGAAGGAGAGGGAACAGCGCAGGCGUAUACAACGCAAAGCUUGGAUGCAGAACAAGAACAAGAGUAGGAAGUUUCACCGACUUUUGCGCAAAGAUCGGCUCAAGAAACAGAGACAAGAGUUGGAGGAACUGCAGAAGUCGAACCCUGAAGCAGCGCUAGGAAAACUAGAGGAGUUGGAGAGAGCCAGAGUUCAGGAGAGAAUGACCCUCCGUCACAAGCAUUCGAAGUGGGCGCACCUUCAAGGAUUGCGUGUCGCUCGAGAUGAGACUGCCCGAAGUGCUCUGAAGGAAAACCAAAGCAUGCACCAAGAUCUUGUAGCCAAGAGGAAGAUGGAUGACUCCUCCGGUGAUGAGGAGGAGGAUGAGGAGAUGCUGAAGGAAAAACUGGAAUCUUUGAGAAAGGAGAAGCAGGACGCCAUUGAAGCGGGACUGUUCGACCCCUCUAAUCCGUGGACGGCAAAUUUGUUACGACAGACGCCAGGAAGAGCUGAGGUGACGCCCGAGAGUGCCAUUGACGACAGCUUCACCAACUUCAAAAGAUUCUGGGACGAAGUCAACAGGAGGCGGCUUAUCGAGAAGAAAGCGCUGGAGGUCGUAGCAGAAAAAGAACGUCGGGCGCAGGCAAAUGAAAAGGAAAACGAUGACGACGAAGGCGAAGACCACAGCGAUGAGAGCGUAGAAGAGACAACAGAAAAGGAUGAAAAGGAAGUGGAAGAACCAGGCAAUGAGAUGAAUGGGGACGCCGAAAAGACAGAGGUAAAGGUCGCUGGGAAAAAGAAGAAGAAAAUUAAGAAGGCCAAGGACGGUUCGCAAGAGGGUAGUACGAGUAAUGAUAAAACUGACGCCGAAGUUGACAAAGAAAAUUUAGUAAAGGAAGGUGACCAGAAAGCUCUCAAGAAAACGAAAGCAAAGAAGAAACAGAAAAAGCAGAAAAAUGUGGAUGACAACUUGAAGACCUCCUCUGAAGAUGCCAAGAAACUGAAAAAAGCAAAGAAGAAUGAAGCUAUGAAAAAUGAUAAUGACACAGAUAGUUUAGAAAAGAGUAAAACUGAAGGAAAGAAAAUGGCAACCAAGAAGGAAAAGGUCAAGAAGAAAGAAAAGACAAAGAAGAAGAAGGGGAAAAAGACAGAGGAACAGAAAGAGGAAAAUGGAACAGAAAUCAAAACUGACUCAAAGGAAAGUGAGGAUUUGGAAGACCUGGAAGACCAUCUGGUUUCUAUCGACAACAUGUUCAGCCGAGCAGAGAUAGGACUGCAGAAGAAGUUGAAAAGGAAGUUAGAGAAGCUGGGUAUUGGCACCAAGGAGGAGUGGACGGUCGUCAAGUCGAAGAAAAGACAAAAGAAAACGGAGUCGUCUCUGCCGAAGAUCGAGGAGUUUGAAUUUAGCACUUCAAAAAGUCAAGACAAUAUUGACGAGGGACUAGAGCAAGUGAGAACUUUAGAGGACAUCGAUAAUUUGCAGCAAAGAAGCGAAGAAAAGGACGUGUUACAGAAGGCUGUGCAGGUCUUGAAGAGCAACAGAGAUGCAAAGUCAGUCAAGGGGGCUCUGCAAAAUGGCACUGGGACAAAUUCUCAGUCAGACAAAAAAGCUCCUUCAAAGGCAGCAAAACUGGAUCCAUCCAAGUUUUUGCAGGUCGAUGCUAAAGUCCUUCGGGCAGCGAUGCCAAACACAAUCAGCGAAGGAAUAGGUCUCGAUGACGACGACGAAGACGACGAGGGAGAGGACGCUAAUGAUGUGAUACAGCAGGCCUUUGCAGAAGAUUACCUUGUUGACGAGUUCAAGUCUGCCAAAGAUGAAGCUAUUGAACGAGACAAGCCAAAGGCUUUAAGUCUAGUCCUUCCUGGAUGGGGUGAGUGGACAGGACCAAACAUUCAAGUUUCGAAGAGGAAAAAGAGACGGUUCGCAGCCAACAUGCCAAAACCUCCUCCACGCAAGGACGAUACCAUGGGUAAUGUUAUUUACAACGAGAAGGCUGAUGUGCACAGCAAUUUAAGGAAAGCAAUGGUGAGCGAACUGCCGUACCCCUUUUCAAGAGUCCAAGACUUUGAGGCGUCCAUAAGAGCUCCCGUGGGCAGAAUGUUCAUUCCCGAGAAGCAGCACCAGAAGCUGACGAUGCCGCCAGUCGUCACGAAAAUGGGCGCGGUCAUCGAGCCCAUGACGGAAGAGGAACUCCUCAAGAACAAAGACGUGUAUGAGCAGAAACAGAAGCGGGAGGAGCUUGCUGAGAAAAAGAGGAAGGGGAAGUUAAGAAAUCGAGCAAAGAGACAAAAGAAAAAAGAAAAAAGUGUAAAAUGA